UGCUCCUGUGAAGGGCUCCAUUAUCAAAAAGAAACGUUCUGUGAUUCUGCUCUUUUUAUCGCACUGAGACCGAUCGAUCCUAGAGCUAGAUCCCGACAGAUGCACUGCUCGCUUCCCGUGAACUGCAAAGGCCACGUUGUACAAGGAUCCUGGCAAGAUGAUACUAUACUUAUUAGCUAGAUGGUGAACCUGAAUGGAUCGAAAACGUACAACCGUAACCAAAUUGAAGAGGCAAAAAACAUAUUUGACGCCUCCUGUCUUUGCACCUAAGAGCUCUUUAUCUACUCGAUUUGAGGUUUGGUUUCUGAUGAUCCCAGAACAAGAUUUUCUCUCACUCCCCAAACAAACUUUUCUGUUUUCCAAAAAUCUUUGACAAAAGCAGACUUUGAAAUACACUCGGAAUACUUUGGCGACAUAACUUUAAGCACCACUACGUACGGUUGUAGCUUUACGUUUAUAGUUUCACCGUGAUAGCAACAUUGUUUCCACCCAAAAAGACGAAAUGACGACCGAAACGAAAAAGCAGACCGAGAAGACCGACAAUGUGGUCCGGAUCUCCAAGGCACACAACGCCUCGUUCUAUGUGCGCGCAGCCACGAACUUCCUUCAGGGGAUUACGGGGAAGGACGGAGUAGAGAAAAAAAUCUUCGAUGAAGUUGUCAUCUCCGCUCUCGGUGCUGCUAUCCCGGCCGCCGCAACUGUGGUCGGCCUUCUCGAGAAGAACAAGGUUUGUAGUAGUUCUCCGAUCACAGCUGCAUAUGAAUUUGAAAAAAUAUCAAAUGUGUUGAUCACUAGUUUUCUUUUUGCGUUAGAAGCGCCAAAACCCAGAUCGACAUUGAAUGAAAAACAAUUCAGGUUGCCUCCCUGACCAAAGUCGAGACGGCCUACACACAACUGGACUACGGCAAGCGCCCGCAUUUGCUUUUGUCCGUGAAGCGCAACCCAGACUACGUGGCCCCGAAAAAGACUGGUAAGACCAUCGAACCUAUAAAAUGCAAAAAUGUCUGGGUCUGGAAGAUUGCAACUUGUCAUGCUAAAUCCGAAUCAUGCAGAAAUCUGUCUUGCAUGAGUGCCAAAAGCUGUCCCCUUUUGACCAAGUUGAGAGGGAGUUUCUGAUGCAGCAAAGGCAUGAUAGAGACCUCAAAGAAUCUGUCAUGCUGGGUCUCGCAUUCCAGACCUCAUGGGUCAUGGAAAACCUGCAUCACAAAUCUUGCAUUCUUCCAGACCCAGACAUUUUUACAUUUGAUAGAACCACCAGCCUGUCCGGAGCGCUUGACUACCGACAAGCUCGAAAAGAAGAUGAAGAAAGUCCUCAAGGAGGGAGGUAAGAAGGAUUAAUUGAUGAAUCACCCGAUGAGAAGAUGAUAAGUAGUUGGUAUCAGAAAUGAGUACACUAUGGUACGCAGGCACAGCUCCGAGGCCUGCUAGUACCACCGGAUACUGCAUUUGUCCUCGCGACGGAGGACAUUUUUUCCCCAACCUUUUUUUUACUUCUCAUGAUCUCACUCUCGAUAAAUUCAAAGCUCGUAAUCAUUUUUUCAAGUGCCUUUUCCUACCACAGGCAAGCGCGGUGUCGAGAUCGAAGGAGCCGCGGAUAUGGGUGGCUUGAAGUACUUCUGCACAAAAGUCCUCGAGCCCGCUGGAGAUUUGGAUAUGCUGGUACUUAUGAAAGUCCAAUAUAUAACGUGUUUCCACCGAGCAAAGUAGAGUUCGGGACAAGUUGGCCUUUUCAGUUUUUGGAAGGAUAUUUGCGCAUGGUGUGACGAAGGGUGGAAGAUGAAGACCAUUUUUGUUUGCGUGACACGAAAAAACUCUUGUCCAGGUCGAAAGUGUGAAGGCGAUGAAUGCUAAGUCCGACCCGAGCGAGGAAGAACGCAAGGGUGGCUCUGGCAAGAUUGGCAAGACCGUCAUGUCGAUGGCAGACGACAACAACUUGUGCAUCGUCACCUACGUUCCCCAGGAGGAGCAUGUCGCGUGCAGCGCAAAAGACUGGUAGGCAUUUUUUUACUAUUAAAGGAUUGUACAACCAGACUCCCGUAGUUGCCGGAAUGGGAUUAUUCAAGUUAGUUUCAUGUUGAGAAUAUCAUGGCAAGAGUCAAUGUUUAAUGGACCGAAACUUUUCAUCUCAGGCUUGAGUACAUCCUGAAGAUGUGCAGUGCGUCGUCACAAGCGAUUCGCGAGGACAGCACGGACCUGUACGCACAGAUCUGCGUCAAGAACGACGGGGAAAAGGGUGUUUUCGCCUUGAAAAUGCGCGACUACGUCAUUCAGCAUGCCAACAAGUUUCUGCACGAAAAACACCUGAUCCCGGACCAGGAGAGCGAAUCUGAGGACGAAAUGGUUUUCGGCGACGACGACUUUCCGUAAUUAUAUAUAAAAUGCACAUAAUUAUAUAUUGAUAUACCCCUUUUUUGUUGUUGACAGUUUGAGUUUCACCCGACUACUUUCAAGAAAACAGGCUUAUCAAUCAGAAAAUACAUCAUUAUGAUCACGCGGAAGUUGUCUCCUUCGCGCGAUGAAUAGGUACUACACGGUAAUUAUAUUGUAAUUGGAUUUGUUUUCGAUUUCGAUUUUCGAUUUCGAAUGACAAAAUACCGGCUGACAGUUGUCAGGAGCACGAUCGCAUCUGUCAUUCGAUUUCACCCGAAAAACUAAAUCUAGCGCAGUCAUCACACAGGUUUUUUCAGCGAUGUCACGAUUUUUUCAAGAACUGGAAUCGCUUUUUGUCAUAUCGCAGGGCACGCAAGAUCAAUUUUUAUUCAGAAGGUUUUUAUAUCCUUGCACUCGUCUGAUUCUACGCAGAAAGAGAAAUCCGAACAGGUUCGGUACCCUCGUGCUGCCGCGAUUCACGACGAAAGGGAGAGUGCUUUGCUUUUCCUUUCAGCCCAUUGCUACUUACCUGUGAUAAAGGCUUUCUUACGUUCAUCGGAUCAUGCCAUGCGUAUCCGCCCACUAGGGAACGAACACGAACUUCUUUUGACAUGCGAGGAUAAAGCUGCCGAGACUUUCGAUAACGACAUUGUUUACUACAGUCGAUUCUUUGAUUGCAGAUCUGUUCUAAGCACUAUUGCGUUCAUCUUCUGACCCAUUAUGCUUGUUGCGCUGGGUCUUUUCGAUUUCAAUUCGCCAGUC